ACGCUCCAACUUCUGCCGACCUACACCCACAACCAGAUCCUCAUGGGCCCCCCGCCGCCCAGGACAGGAACGUUCUCGCCGAAUAAUCCCCAGGCGCUGCAGACCGGCAGCAGCCACUCGCCCCAUCCCUCGCUGACAGGCGGUCUCAGUGCUGGUGCAAGCCCAAGUACCAGUAGCCCCACUGGGACCAGCGUUAGCAAGAUCAGUAUAGCUCAAGUAUAUCUACUCUUGAGCACGAUUAAAGAGGACAAGGACGAUCCCACCAAGUGGGACCUGCACACGGAGCAGUUGAGAAAGCUCAUCGAUGACAACGGCAUGGAAGUAUUUACUCGAUAUUUCGCCCGUCUGGUAGCAGGCAAUGCUUCCCAAAUCUUUCCGGGCAUUUCCCGGCCGGGCAGCAAUGCCGGCAAUAUCCACAUUCUCGCGGGAGAGAUGCGCAAAAUAGCACAUGAACCAGAACAGGCUCGCAAGAUUGCCGAAUCCAUUGAGCAAGGGACGGAAGAUAUCUUUCGGGACUUUGAUCUAUCAACGUUCAUGGAGCACUUCAAGUUAGAUCCUCUGGAAAAGACCAUUCUCGCGCUUGCGUUCAAGCUUGGUACUCGUUCCGACCUCAGGACCAAGGCCGACGCGAUUCUGUCGACAAACUAUCCAACCUUUCUCAACAUUCUCUCAAGACCUGCCGGGGAACAUGCUGAUUUAUCACCGUCAUUUAUCUCGCUGAUUAUCGAUCGAUUCAUUCAGGAGCACCCGCCAACCUUCACAACCCAAGCCAAGUCCGAACUGGUUCUGAAAGUUGGCGCAAGAUUCGCACAGGCUGACCAAACAUCCCCACCUGAGGUCAUGGCUGCACUUGAUCUCCUUCGUCUCCUUGGCGACAAGUCUGCCAACGCUUUAACGAUGUACAUCAAGAAGACUGGUUCAGAGUUUACGCGCGAUCCUGAUGCAUGCGCCAAAUAUCUGCAGAACAGGCCGUCCAAUGCGCCUCUCGGUGAAGAGCUGGUGGCCAACGCCUUAAUGUACACAACCAUCAGCCAGACACCCAAACUGAACCCGGCUGUUCUCGUUAGGGCUUUGAGACAGGUUGUUGGAUCUACCUUCAGAUGGCAGGCCGUUGUAUCGUGCUUCGAUCACUGCGACUCGCGCGUGUCCUCCGAGCAGUUUCUCCGACUUUUCAAUGCUCUGGUUCCCGUGGCCCAGGAGGAUAGUUCCUUUGAUAUACAACAACUUUGGGGUGGGAACUGGGAGAAUACUGAGGCGCAGUUGUCGUUUAUCUGUGCGCUCACUUCUCUCGGACCGGAGCAGCUAGAUAUUACCAGCGUCCCAGUUGUUCAAACUACUUUGACCCUCGAUGCCUAUUCGCAAUCUGCACCAGCUGUUCGCGAAAGGGCUUCAGUAGCGGUCAAGCAUCCUCUGGUCUCGAUGGCCGCCAUACUAGCAAUCUUCCAUGUGGCCCUCAAGUCGACGCCUGCCUCCGAUACGCCCGAGGCAAAGCGUCUCUUUCAGCAAGUGGUCGUGCCCAACCUCGAUAUCUUCGUUGUGUCCGCCUUUAACGUACCCAAGCCCUGGCCCGGGGUGACGGACGAGACCCUCACUACACUUUUCGACAAUUUCCUUUACGAGAGGUCUCCUUGGUACGAUUUUGUGCUGGACAGUCUGUGGAGGAAGGACAGUGCGUGGGUCAGGCAACGACUCGUCGACGCCCACGCUCUGCGUCCCCAUGAACUGCCAUAUAUCUUCAAACACGCCGUGAACCACCGUUGGAUUGACCAGCUCGUAUCAAUGACCACUGGAUUCGGUCUCGACCUGGCCGCCAUGGCGCACGCUGAAGGGCGCGUCGACUUUGCUGAGUUGGCUAGGAAUUCGGGUGAACGGCAACAAGACCUGGCGCGGUAUCUGCUUCAGUUUUUGGCGAUCAAGGCUGAGCAGGAGCUCAAAUUCCAGAGGCAACCCGACGGAAACGUCCCCAUCAGGACGACAACUCCCUUGCGAGUCAAAACAGUCUAUGUUUUGCUAAGCAUGCUGUCGGAUUUUUUGCCCAAGCAUCAGCCUAUACCGGAGCUGAUCAGAGUUCAAAGGACGUGUAUCACUGUCUACCCGCGGUUGAUCAACUACGGAGGCGAUUUCGACGAUAUUAUCGAUGCCAAUGGCAGGGAGGGUAAUGCUCUUCCUCCUGCUGCCAAUGCCAAGAUGGAGCUGCACUACAAGAAGAUGUACAGCGAUGAAGUCGAGGUUCGAGAAAUCGUUCAAGUCUUGGAGAAUUACAAACGUUCCCGGGACCCUCUGGACCAAGACAUCUUUGCAUGUAUGAUACAUGGCUUGUUCGAUGAGUACAUCCACUUUGCCGGGUACCCCUUGGAGGCUCUCGCCACAACCGCAGUCUUGUUCGGCGGCAUAAUCGCGCAGAAACUCAUUGCCGACAUACCACUCGAGGUUGGACUUGGCAUGAUCCUACAGGCCGUUCAGGAAAACACACCCAACGAGGCGAUGUACAAAUUCGGGCUGCAGGCUUUGAUGCAGCUUUUCGGCAGGCUGAAGGAGUGGCCAGGCUUCUGCGCACAGCUACUACAGGUUCCGGGCCUGCAGGGCACCGAAGCUUGGAAGAAGGCCGAGGAUGUCAUCCGCAACCAGGAGGAGUCAAUGGCAAAUACUCGCAAUGGUGGUGAUGCAUUGACUAACGGCAAUGCUGAGGAUGGCGGCGACAAUGAGCACCAUCCGCCUCCAUUCACUGCCAUUAACGUUGAUCGACGCCCGGCCGACGCAGGUUUCGAAGACCCCGACGAUGACACUCAAGGCAAGAUUCAGUUUGUGCUCAACAACAUCACGGAAAAUACACUUCAGGCCAUGUUCAAGGAAUUGGCAGAGAUGUUAGACCGGGGACACAAGCAGUGGUUUGCGAGCCAUCUGGUUGAGGAAAGAGCCAAGAUGCAACCCAACUACCAUGAUGUCUACUUGAAACUGGUAGAACAGUUUGGGGAUAAGUCUCUGUGGGCUGAAGUACUCAGAGAGACUUAUAUCAGUGUCUCCCGCAUACUCAACGCAGAGUCUACCGCGCACAACUCUACUGAGCGGAUGCAUCUGAAGAACCUCGGCGGGUGGCUAGGAUUACUGACUUUGGCUAGAGACAAGCCAAUCAAGCAUAAGAACAUUGCCUUCAAACAACUGCUCAUGGAGGCUCACGACACCAAGAGACUCCUUGUAGUUAUUCCCUUCGUCUGCAAGGUCCUCAUUCAAGGCAAGAAGUCCACCGUCUUCCAAAAGCAAAACCCUUGGUUGAUGGACAUUAUACAUCUCCUCAUCGAGCUCUACCAUAAUGCCGAGUUAAAGCUCAACCUGAAGUUUGAGAUCGAGGUACUUUGCAAAGGACUGGAGCUUGACCACAAGAGCAUCGAACCCUCUGGCGAGCUACUUAACCGCGUCAUGGCCGAGGAUGCGGUUGAUCUUCUGCCUGCCGACACACUUGAGCCGUUCGAGAACCUCUCCCUCAAUGGCUUGGCACCAGGUGUUGGGAGCGGCCUUUCGCCGCAUGCAGUUGCUCCGUCAAUCCCAGAUCUCACUCCAUUCCUCCAGAUUCCUCCAGUCAACGAGAUGGUGGUGAGCCACGAGAGAAUGACUCAGAUUACGAACCAAGCAAUCACCAAGGCACUCAGCGACAUAAUAGGCCCUGUUGUCGACAGGUCCGUCACGAUUGCCGCCAUCUCUACUCAGCAAAUGAUCCACAAAGACUUUGGCACCGAGCCAGACGAGAACCGUGUUCGCACGUCUGCCAUCAACAUGGUCAAGGCAACUGCUGGGAGCUUGGCCCUGGUUACGUCCCGGGAGCCUCUCCGCGUCAACAUUGGAAACUAUAUGCGAAGCCUUUCUAGCGAUCUCCCUCAGGGGCUCCCCGAGGGCAACAUCCACAUGGCCGUGAACAUGAACUUGGAUCUCGCCUCGCGAGAGAUUGAGAAAGCAGCAGAGGAGCGUGCUGUGCCCGAGAUCGAGGAAAUGCUCGAACUGGAGCUGGAAGCAAGGAGGAGACAUCGUGCCACAAGGCCUAACGAGCCUUAUGUCGACGCUGGACUGAGCAGGUGGGCUUGGACCAUACCAAACCCUUACAAACUGUCGCCCAACAUGUCUGGCCUGAACCCAGAGCAGAUGGCCAUCUACGAGAAUUUUGCUCGGCAGCAGCCCCGUACCACAGCAGCAUCUGCGCCACCGGCCCAUGCGCCCUCGCAGUCUGAUGCUUCAAGGUCUCUGGCGAACGAGGUUCUCCAAGACCAGUACAACUCGGUGCCUACGCUACCGACUCCUGCAGAGACACCUGCAAUCCCCCCCAUGGGAUCACAGCAGAUUGGUCCGUACUCAUCACAGCAGCAUUCGUCCAACAUGAUCAAUGGCAGGCAGCACGGCCUCAACCUCGACGCUCGCACACUUGCCGAGAGGGUCCAGAAGUUCCUUUUGGAGCUGCAAAGGGUGGCCAUGGAUGCCGAAGAGGAGCAUUUUUCAGAGCUUCCUCGACCUCAUCAGAUCCUGGAUAUCGUGGAUGCCUUGGUCCAGCUCCUUAUCAAGGCUCAGCAAGCCUCUGAGGACUUGAGCGUAUACGCUGCCGAAUUGAUUUCACAGAGCCUUUUUAGCAACCCGGUGGAGAAGAGCUUGGUUACUGAAACAUUUGUGCAUGUGCUCAACACUUUGCGGAAAAUCGCGUCGCCGGCUCUCAACCUGAGAGUCACCAACUUCUUCCAGCAGCAAACCGGAGAGCAUCUGCGUAACCUGACACUCAUCUCUAGCUUGAUGAACACAGACCUUUUGAACUGGCGCCAUGUCGACAAUGCUAUGGCCGCAGCCAUCAAGGAGAGGAAGAGCGGCUCUAUCGAGUUCUUGGAAAAGGUCAUGGACCUCACAGUGUUCAAUGACACGCCCGUACUUCUUUUUGUCGAAUUUGUACACAGUCUCGAUGAGGCCUGGGCCUGGAUCCAGGAGGACAGCGAGCUUGCUGAAGGCAAGAGCCUGCAGGCCAAGGUUCUCGCGCCUGCCAAUGAACCUCGUGCAGGACUGAGUGAUGACGAGCUCGCUUCUCUUCGCCAAGAUCAGAUGGAAUAUGUUUUUGAAGAAUGGGUGCGACUCUUCACAAACCCUUGGGCAUCCGAGAAGUUCGGCUUCAUCUUUGUCCAACAGAUGUACGGCAGGGGUGUCAUCUUGUCCAAGGACGACAUCGCGACUUUCACCCGCAUAGCCAUGGAUAAAUCGGUCGACAUCUGCGAGCUCAAUGCCCAUGCCGGCGGUAGCGUCUCGGAUGGAUACCUGGGCGUCGACUCCCUGAGCAGACUAGUCAGCACUCUCAUGAAGCUGCCUGUGGAGAAUCCUUCGAGCGGCCAGGUGUCCCGAUUGGCAGUACUAGAAUGCGCCUUGUCGGUGUCUGUCCUGCUCGCAAAUCACCAUCACAUGACCCGUGGUGAGCUUUUCAACCAGAGGGUGUUCUUCCGUUUCUUUUCGGUAUUGCUCCACGAGAUUGGCGCCAUGGAAAAUGUGCUUUCCGAGGAGGAGCGUCACGACAUCACCUUGCUCUUUGCCAAGCGCCUGGAUGACCUUGGGCCCUCCGUGAUGCCUGGAUUCGUAUAUGCUUGGGUUUCGCUUCUGCAGCACAAGGAAUUCCUCCCCUUCAUCUUCAAGAUUCCUGGAAAUGCGGGGUGGCCCUUGUUUACGAGGCUGUUGACGCAGCUGCUUAGCUUCAUUGGCGAGCAGCUCAAAGCUCUCAACGUCUCCAACUUGGCUAAGGAUCUCUACAGGGGAACCCUCAAGUUCAUGCUCGUCCUUCAACAUGACUUCCCCGACUAUCUGGCAGCCAACUACAUAGAGAUCUGUCGCAGCAUUCCUUCCCACUGCACCCAACUUACCAACAUGGUACUCGUUGCAACCCCAAACACGCACUCCAAGAUGCCCGAUCCUCUCCAUUCUGGCGUCCAGGUUGACAGAAUUGAUGAAUCGCGGGAGCCGCCGGUCACCAUGGAGGAUCCGACUGAGUUCUUGCGCCAGGCUGGGCUUCAGGGAGUUCUUGACCAGUGUCUUCAGUCUGGACCAUCAGAGGAUGCUAUUGCACACAUCACGCAUGCCAUCAAUCGUCCGGAGACCAGGUAUACCAUCUAUGGCAACGUCCCACUGUCGGUCAACCUCGCUGUCAUCGAGGCUGUGGUGGCUUACCUCGGGUUACAUGCGGUGGUUAGAGUGCAGAAGGGAGGACAGCCAUUCCUGUCCAAGGCAUCGGAUAUCUCGACGCUCUCGAUCCUCGUACAUGAACUUUCGCCUGAGGGUCGCUACUUUGUCCUCAGCAGCGUGGUCCACCGCUUGCGGUACGCCAACGCACAUACCACAUUCUUUAGUCAGGCCCUGCUCGAGAUCUUUGGUACCGACAUGGCGGAUGCAGAAGAGACUGAGAUUAGGCAGCAGAUCUGUCGCAUUCUGCUGGAGCGUCUCGUGGGAUUCUUCCCCCAGCCUUGGGGCCUGCUUGUGACUGUCGCCGAACUUAUCAAGAAUGACAAGUACCAAUUCUUCGAGCUCCCUUUCAUCAAGUCAUCUCCUGACGUUGCCGAACGCUUUGUCACCAUUUUGGCAUCGCGCAGAGAUUUUGCCAUGUGA